ACACAGAGAGGCUCUCUCAUUCCUCGAUCGAAUCGCGGAGUGUUAAGUAAGUUUUUCACUGGCGCGGCUGCUAGGAAAAAUAUAUUACGUCGAAGCUAAAAAUCUUCCAGCUAAGAAGGCUGAAGAUACGUUCGCAGCGGUUCCGUGGAAAGUUAGUGAAUAUUUGAGCCCGUUUCCGAACCAGACCUUCCCUCAGCAAUGGUGCACUACGGGAGACUGCUGAAUGUCCAGGCUAAGCGCGCCGCUCUGUACGCCGUUGAUGCGCAGCAGCGUCAGUUCCACGCCUCUUGUGCAGCUGCCGCCAAGGUCGCGCUGUCCCGCUUCGACCAGAAUGUGUACCUGCCGUACGAAAAGCUCCAGAAGAACGUUGAGGUGGUCAAGAAGCGUUUGGGCCGUCCGUUGACGCUCAGCGAGAAGGUUCUCUAUGGACAUCUGGAUGAUCCCGCCAAUCAGGACAUUCAGCGCGGCGUUUCGUACCUGCGUCUGCGACCCGAUCGCGUUGCCAUGCAAGAUGCCACCGCCCAGAUGGCUAUGCUGCAGUUCAUCUCGUCCGGGCUGAAGAAAGUGGCCGUCCCAUCCACCAUCCACUGUGAUCACUUGAUUGAGGCGCAGGUUGGCGGUGAGAAGGAUUUGGCCCGUGCCAAGGACUUGAACGCAGAGGUGUACAACUUUUUGUCGACUGCCGGUGCAAAGUAUGGCGUUGGUUUCUGGAAGCCAGGCUCGGGUAUUAUCCAUCAAAUUAUUCUGGAGAACUAUGCUUUCCCAGGACUGCUGAUGAUUGGUACCGAUUCACACACUCCGAACGGUGGUGGUUUGGGUGGCCUUUGCAUCGGUGUUGGUGGUGCUGACGCUGUUGAUGUGAUGGCCAACAUUCCCUGGGAACUGAAGUGCCCAAAUGUGAUCGGUGUCCACCUUACCGGAAAGAUCAGUGGAUGGACAUCUCCGAAGGAUGUCAUUCUGAAGGUUGCCGAUAUUCUGACCGUUAAGGGUGGUACUGGAGCCAUCAUUGAAUACCACGGCAAGGGUGUCGAAUCGAUUUCGUGUACCGGUAUGGCUACUAUUUGUAACAUGGGUGCCGAAAUUGGUGCCACCACUUCGCUCUUCCCGUUCAACAAGCGUAUGGUUGAUUACCUUGGAGCUACCGAUCGGGCAGCCAUUGCUAGCGAGGCGAAGAAAUACGAAAAGUCCGUGCUGUCUGCUGAUCCCGGGGCAAAGUAUGAUCAGCUGAUCGAAAUCAAUCUUGAUACUCUGGAGCCACAUGUGAACGGUCCAUUUACACCUGAUCUUGGUCAUCCGAUCAGCAAACUUGGUGCAAACUCGAAGAAGAAUGGAUACCCGAUAGAUAUUCGUGUCGGUCUGAUUGGUUCCUGCACGAAUUCUUCCUAUGAAGACAUGGGCCGUUGUGCAUCGAUCGCCAAGAACGCCAUGAAGCAUGGUUUGAAAUCUAAGAUUCCGUUCAAUGUCACCCCUGGGUCGGAGCAGAUUCGUGCCACUAUUGAGCGUGACGGAAUCGCUAAGGUAUUCAAGGAGUUCGGAGGGACCGUGCUGGCCAACGCAUGUGGUCCAUGCAUCGGUCAGUGGGACCGCAAGGAUGUGAAAAAGGGCGAAAAGAACACUAUUGUCACUUCGUACAACCGUAACUUUACCGGCCGUAACGACGCCAAUCCAGCAACGCAUUGCUUCGUCACAAGCCCUGAACUGGUGACCGCUCUUUCCAUCGCUGGACGACUUGAUUUUAACCCGCUCACGGAUGAGCUCACUGGAUCUGAUGGCAAGAAAUUCAAGCUGGAGUCGCCCUUCGGUGAUGAGUUGCCCCAGAAGGGAUUCGAUCCGGGCAUGGACACAUACGAAGCCCCACCAUCGGAUGGCUCUUCCGUGAACAUCGACGUUAGUCCCAGCAGCCAGCGUCUGCAGCUGUUGGAACCGUUCGAAACCUGGGAUGGCAAGGAUUUGCUCGACAUGACUGUUUUGAUCAAGGUUAAGGGCAAGUGCACCACCGAUCACAUCUCUGCGGCCGGUCCAUGGCUCAAGUAUCGUGGUCAUUUGGAUAACAUCUCCAACAACAUGUUCAUUGGUGCCACAAACAUCGAAAACAACGAAAUGAACAAAAUCAAAAACCAGGUCACCGGCGAGUGGGCAGGCGUUCCGGAUGUUGCCCGAGUGUACAAAGCGAAGGGAAUCCGCUGGGUGGCCGUCGGCGAUGAAAACUACGGCGAGGGUUCGUCCCGCGAACACGCCGCUUUGGAGCCACGGCAUCUUGGUGGUCGUGCCAUCAUCACCAAGUCGUUCGCUCGUAUUCACGAAACGAAUUUGAAAAAGCAAGGAAUGUUGCCGCUUACCUUCGCCAACUCCGCUGAUUACGACAAAGUCCAGCCGCAUUCGAAAAUCUCCCUCCUCGGUUUGAACAAUUUGGCACCCGGCAAACAGGUCGACUGUGAAAUCAAAACCGACGGCAAGGUGGAAAAGAUCAAGCUGAAUCACUCCUUCAACGAGCAACAGAUAGCUUGGUUCAAGGCCGGCAGUGCAUUGAAUCGUAUGAAGCAGUUGGCUUCGAACUAAAUCAUAGUUUAGCGCGAUUUACGUAUUUAAUGGAAGCUGAGAAAAACCAUCUUAUCGGUGCGUCGAAUUGUGGGAUUAAGAAAUCGAUGUGUUUUCUCUGAGAUGCGCAAAGAGGCUGAUAAGAGGGAGUGAGCUCCAUAGCGUUCAGUGCUUCCAGUGUAAGCAGCGAAUGCGGAACAACACAUUUAGGUUUGGAUCAGAAAGACGGUAGUAUCUACAGAAUUGUGCCCUCCCAACUUAAACCAGCAGUCAACCUUAUAGUCGAUAGUGUUAAAAUAAUUUUAUUUGUACAUAGAUGAUACCAUUGCACGCAAAAAAAUAAUUAGUUCAGAUGAAGUUCAGAGCCCCAAUUUAGAUGGCAUUAAUAUAUAAACCUAUUCAUUGUGAAUUUAAAUUAUAUCUCGAUUGUGAACAGUUUUGAUUUCAACAACAGUUUUGUACUUCUUUUCUCUGGAUGUUUGUGGUAGAGUGUUUCGUCUAUGACAAUAAAUCAGAAUUUAAAAUAUUAUUUGAAAUAUAUA